UUCCUCUCUUCGAACGAUACAUGAUUUCUCCCCUUUGCUCAUUUGGGAGUCAAAGUCAACGAAUCUACAGUAUUUACGGUUACUGCUGCCAGAGAUUCGAGAAAAGCACAUCUAUUGAUGCUCGAUUAUUCCACAAAGAUCUAUAAAAGCGAAUCAUUUCCUGUUUAGCACCGCUUUCUUAAUCCUUCCAAGGUUUAGUCACAUGCUGCUGAGCUUGGACCGUCCUGUUACCUAGGUAUCAUCCACGGUCGAGAAAAGGAGAAUAAAAAUAAGUUUUUUUUGGUCUUGGACCGAAGAUUUCCCGUACGGAUCAAUAUUUUCUCCCUUUGAAAAGUCACCAUACGUUGAUUGGUUGGAAUCCGUCUAUUAUUCCUUUCACACCAAGCCUUUUCGGCCAAUAUCAUCACGUGUAAAGGUCACGUGGAUUUACUCCUAUUUUAUCGCAGUUGAAUCUUGAGGUUGGAGCCAUGUCGGCAGCACCCGAGAACUCGAUCCAAUCGGGCGGCGAAAGCUCCAAUUCCAAUGGAACCACACCAGCGCCUUCGACCGCAACAACUGCCACCUCCCAAUCCAGUGCUCCGGCGUCAGAUGACUCUCUCCAAUGCCGAUGGACCGGCUGUAGCGAGAAGUUCAACUCGGCAGAGACUUUAUAUGAACAUAUUUGCGAGAAGCAUGUUGGACGCAAGAGCACGAACAACCUGAAUUUGACCUGCCAGUGGAAUCAAUGCAAAACCACCACAGUCAAGCGUGAUCAUAUAACUUCGCACAUCCGUGUGCAUGUCCCUCUCAAGCCACAUAAAUGUGACUUCUGUGGCAAGUCAUUCAAGCGCCCGCAGGACUUGAAGAAACAUGUUAAGACUCAUGCUGACGACUCUGUCCUGGUCCGCUCGCCAGAUCAGCAUGGAUCUAUGAACGGUGCCUAUCGCCCCCAGGGCAAAGCUCCAUCUAGUUAUUAUGAUCAUAACGGUCAGAUCCGUACUAACUCGGCCGCCUAUGGUCAGCCGCCGCACGCUGCUGGCCACCCAAGUAGCUACUACCAGCACCACGCCCAGACUUCCUUUGGUCAGCCUAUGUACUACCAGACCAUGGGCGGUCGCACUGAUCACAUUGGCUACCAGGCUGCUCCCGCGGAGUAUGACAAUCGCAAACGCACUUACGACGUGCUAAACGAGUUCUUUGGUGAUGCCAAACGUCGCCAGCUCGACCCGAACUCGUACGCUCAGGUCGGACAGAGACUCUUACCCUUGCACGGAGUUCUUCCAAUUCACUCAGGCUCCCUGGGCGCCGAGUACUUGCCGGCUCCAGGUGUAAUGGCCGUCGAGGGACCUGCCCACGGCCCUUACCAGCAGCAUUACUCUCUGCCGCCUAUGCCCAAUCUUCGUACUAAGACCGACCUUGUUCAGCUCGAUCAAAUCCUUGAGCAGAUGCAGAGCACGGUAUACGAGAAUUCUAAUACCGCAGCAGCAGCCGGAGUUCAUCAGCCGGGAUCUCACUACCUACCCUUGAACAUCCGUCAUAGCCAGAGCCCACCGCACUCUGCGGCGCAACAACCCAUGCCCAACGGCGCAUACUCGUCCGCGCAUGUGGCUUCGCCUCUGACUGCUGUCUCAUCAACACACUCCAACGGCACCCCUGCUGUAACACCGCCGUCGAGUACAAUGUCAUACACUUCGGGCCACUCCCCAAGCGCGUCUUCCUCUGGCCUGUCCCCCUCAACGCGACAUAGCUCUACAUCAGCAUUAUACCCGACUCUUCCGGCGGUUACGUCAGGCUACCCAGGCCAAUCCGCAACUUCAACCUUGGGUCCAACCUUCGACACGGAUCCCCGCCGACGCUACUCGGGCGGUAUGCUGCAACGUGCCAGCGCCGGACCCCGACCUCUCAUAGAACGCGAGCCGUCCACUACACCCCGCGCCUCAGAGUCCGCGAUCUCAGCAGUCAGCUCGCCGUCUGCAGAAUCGGAGGCUAGCGCCGAGGCUCGAGAAGACCAGAAUUACGAAAACUGGCUCGAGAACAUUCGCGUCAUCGAAUACCUGCGUGAAUACGUCAUAGACCGUAUCAAGCGCAAGGAGUAUGAUAUGGAGAGCCCCGCGUCGGCGUCGAGUGAUAUGGACGUUGAUUCGCCCACGCGCCCGCCGAGCCAACCGGCAUACCCGGCGCUGCCUUUGUAGGACGGGCGUGUGGGUUAACUUAGGACAGGAUAAUCAUAACCCUGGGCGGGGGCGAUGGCAUUCAUAUCUAGUGUGGUAUGAGUGACUCCUUCAGAGACUCCGCCUUACGUGCGGGUUGUUCUGCCUGGUUGAUGGAGUGACAUAAGAAAUUCGAUAACGAGUGUACAUACGGGAAGGGAAGGGGAAUGACACGGCGUUAUGCAUGCGGGGUGAUGACUAACAAAACUUUCUUCCUUUUAUUCUCCACCUUAUUGCAUUUUAUUCAGUACUUUAUUGCCUUGUCUUUGUAAGGGAAAAUAGCUGUCAUCUAUGUUAAGGCUGUCUCAUUAAAGGGGUUCUGAGGUAGUGGGCUAUUGGCUGUUAGUCGUCAACAGACAUAUGCCAGAAAAAUAUAGUGGUAUGACCGAUUCAGCUGCGAAGAAAUGUCCUGCAGUUAUAUGUAUUGAACAUGGAUCGCUUGUUAAUAUCAAUCAGUUAAUGAUAUUAUUGUAUGAUGA